UGUGUUCAUACUCCAUACACUCCAUAUCCUCCAUCCCGGCCCACGCUCGCGGCGCUCCCGGCAGUGACGCCAUCUCCCAGCGCCGCCCGUUGCCCAGCGACCAUGACGGGGCGGCGGGCGCGCAGCCCACUGCAGAGAGUGCAGCGCCAGAGCAGGGAGCUGCGGGCGCAGGUGGAGGCGCUGCGGGCAGAGAGCGCGGGCGCGGCCGUGGGGCAGCGGGAGGCCUUGAGGCAGAGGUGUUUUCAGCUGCAGAAACUGGUGGACGAGAAUACAAAUACUCUUCGUAGUUUGAAAAAGGCUGACGAGCCUGCGCCUGUGGGGAAUUACGAUCAGAGGAAAGAAGAAGAAGAAAAGCUGUUGCUAAAGCUAUCCCAGCAGCUGCAGAAAUUUUGUCAUGUCUUGGAUAAGGACAAUGCAGCUACAAAGGACACGGUGAACAAGGGGAGUCUGAAAGAUUCUCGGAGAGAACACAAAGAUAAAGAAGAGGAUGAGGGUGCUGAUGACAAUGGUGAAAGCAGUGAGGAAGAAGAAAGUGAAGAAGCAGAUGAGGAAGAUGGGGAUAACUUGGAUGAUCCUGAUGUUAAAGAAUGCAUUGCAGUGGGAAGCUUUAAUGCACAGCAGGAAGGGGACCUCACAUUUACGAAAGGUGAAGUCCUGCUUAUACAUGAUAAGAAGGCGGAUGGCUGGUGGGUAGCCGAGAACUCAAAAGGGGAGAGAGGCCUCGUGCCUAGGACCUAUCUGGCGGUCCAUAAUGAAGAUGAAAGCCAAGAGGAAAGUGAUGGACACAUAGAAGUGGUGGAUGAAACAGCAGAUGGAACUGAAAUUAAAAAAAGAACAGACUCUCACUGGAGUGCUGUAAGAAAAGCUAUCACAGAGAGUGACACAGUAGAGAUAUUGGCAGCCAUGGGAGUUGUUCCUGCAGGAUUCCGUCUAUCCACACUUUCCCAGCUCUUAGAAGAAGGUAAUCAGUUCAGAGCAAGUUACUUCUUGCAGCCUAAACUUACUCCAUCCCAGCUGGCUUUUAAAGAUUUGGUGUGGGACCCUGAAAAAAAUACUAUCUGCCCUAUACCAACUCGAGUAUCCCUGAUUGUAACUUUGUGUAGCUGUAAAACGAUUCCUCUCCCAGCAUCCAGCAUUCAGGUUCUCAGUAGACACGUUCGACUCUGUCUAUUCGAUGGCAGUCGGGUACUGAGUAACAUUCAUACAGUGAGAGCUACGUGGCAACCUAAAAACCCUCAGACGUGGACCUUUUCUGCAAGGGUAACAGGCAUUUCACCCAGCUUACUGGAUGGUGACUGUUUUGUCAGGUCCAAUUCCUUAUCUUCAGACAUUGGUUUACUAUUCGAACUUGGCAUCACUUACAUUCGCAACUCAACAGGUGAACGACAGGAGCUAAGCUGUGGCUGGGCAUUUCAGAAGCUUUUUACUUCUGAUGGAAUGCCUGUUCCUUCCAAACUGUAUGAGCUGCCAUUAAAUGGUGGUACUCCCUAUGAGAGAGGCAUUGAGGUUGACCCAUCGCUAUCAAGGAGAGGCAGUGGUGUUCUUCAUCAGCUUAUAUCACUCAGGAAGCAGCCUGUGCUUGUAGUGAAGCUGAGGUCAUUAAGCACGCAGUCAAAAGACAUCAUGAAUUUGUUACCAGAAACGUUAAUUGGCAGUAUGUGCUGCAUCCAUCUCUUGAUAUUCUAUCGACAAAUACUUGGUGACGCACUCCUGAGAGACAGAAUAAACAUGCAAAGUGCAGAAUUAAUCUGUAAUCCUAUUCUAGCAACUUUUCCGCAACUCACGGAUCAGCCAGACCUGAUGGAUGCGCUGCGGAGCGCUUGGGUGGACAGAGAGAGAACUUUAAAGAGAUCAGAAAAGAGAGACCGAGAAUUCCUGAAGUCUGUGUUCAUCCAGGUGUACCACAACUCAGCCUUCCCUCUCCUCCGCUCCACUUUGCUCCCCAGCUACAAGUGGGCAGAUGAGGAGUCCGAAGCGUCUCGCUGGAGGGUGAUUGCUGACUUCCUGAGAAAGAGCCGAGACAAUGAUGGUGCCCUUCAGUCUCUGCUGUCCCCAGAAAAUACUCAAACAGCUUUUGACAUCUCAGAGCUGGCCUACGAUUUCUUAGGAGAAACGAGGAAAAACAGUCCCACAGUAUGAAUGGAUUGUAGGGUAGCAAUGUAGGUAAACUUUUGCCAAAGAGAAAUGUUGUGUCUGAAUUGCAAGAAAUAUUUUCAUACAUUAAAAACAACAUUUUGAGGGAGACUAACACUGUCUCAUUGGUUCGACUAAAAUAAAUUAUAUUACCUUUUC